GGACAUGUUGGCACUACUUUAUCUACUGCGCCGAUGUCAGGCGGUGGGAGAUAUUGCUAGUUUAGACAUGGUCCCUGAAUCUCCUUCAGUCUUUAACUUCGAAAAUCCUUCCGAUAUAAAUCGAUGAGCCCCGGGAAAUAAAAUCAUCGAUUUUGAGAACAGUAGAAACGACGUGGUUGAGGGCAGAACUUUUUUUCUGGGGCGCAUAGACAUGGUACCUUUGAAAGUGGUCUUGCGGUGGUGAGCUGCUCCAACCUGUCAGUGGGGAGGUUGAGCCUUUGCCUUUACAUCAAAUUAGUGUAUUUUGGCAAUAAAUAAAUACUCAGAAACCACUGAACAGCAAUGGAUGAAGAAUAUGAUGUGAUUGUCCUGGGGACUGGACUAAAGGAAUGUAUCUUAUCUGGAAUCAUGUCAGUAAAUGGGAAAAAGGUGUUGCAUAUGGACCAAAAUUCCUACUAUGGAGCGGAAAGUGCUUCCAUUACGCCCUUGGAGGAACUCUUCAAAAGGUUCAAAGUUGCUGGUGGUCCUCCAGAAUCCAUGGGAAGAGGCAGGGACUGGAAUGUCGAUUUGAUACCCAAGUUCCUCAUGGCAAAUGGACAGCUUGUUAAGAUGCUGCUUUAUACAGAGGUCACCCGUUACUUAGACUUCAAAGUGGUAGAAGGAAGUUUUGUCUACAAAAUGGGGAAAAUCCACAAAGUCCCUUCUACGGAGACUGAAGCUUUAGCUACUGAUCUUAUGGGCAUGUUUGAAAAACGUCGCUUCCGAAAACUUUUGUUAUAUGUUGUUGGCUUUGAUGAGAACGACCCUAAAACUCAUCAAGGCAUUGAGCCGAAGAAGACCACGAUGCGAGAAGUCUACAAGAAAUUUGACCUGGGGCAAGAUGUCAUUGACUUCACAGGACAUGCAUUGGCUCUUUAUAGAACAGAUGAUUACAUGGACCAACCAUGCCUGGAUACUAUCAAUCGGAUUAAAUUGUACAGUGAAUCGCUGGCUCGGUACAGCAAGAGUCCUUACCUCUAUCCACUCUAUGGACUGGGAGAGCUGCCUCAAGGCUUUGCCAGACUGAGCGCUAUCUAUGGGGGCACGUACAUGCUCAACAAAUUGGUGGAUGAGAUUGUGUUCGAGAAGGGACGUGUGGUUGGUGUUAAGUCUGAAGGGGAGGUUGCUCGUUGCAAGCAGCUGAUCUGUGAUCCCAGCUACGCACCCAAGCUGGUGAAGAAGGUCGGAAAGGUCAUUAGGGUCAUCUGCAUUCUCAGCCAUCCGAUCAAAAACACGAAUGAUUGUAAUUCCUGUCAGAUUAUCAUUCCACAGAUGCAGGUCAACAGGAAGUCAGAUAUCUAUGUUUGCCUCAUGUCAUACACACACAACGUGGCAGCUGAAGGGAAGUAUGUUGCCAUUGUUAGCACCACUGUGGAGACCAACAACCCUGAGAAAGAGGUUCAGCCAGCAUUGGAUCUUCUGGAACCUAUCGACAAAUCGUUUGUUUCAAUCAGUGACUUGUAUCAGCCGACAGAUGAUGGAAAAUCAAGUCAGAUUUUUAUCUCUAAUUCCUACGACGCAACCACCCACUUCGAGACGACCUGCGAUGACAUCAAGAGCAUCUACAAGCGCAUGACGGGCACUGACUUCGACUUUGAGAAUAUGAAACGCAAACAGAACGACGUGUUCGGCGAGGAUGUGUAAUCCAUGUACGCCAAGCCAUGCUCUCUUCUUUAACAGCACUUUCACAUGAGAAUACUGACCAAACUAUUAGUGGGCUAGAUUGCUAUUUAGAGAUACGUGCAGUUGUCCAAAGAAUCUCCUGCCUCUUUGAUGAUUUUCAAAUCUUCCUCUUCUUUUCAGGUUGGGGGUGGGGGGGCAAGGGGAAAAUGAGUCAAGCUUCCAAGUUUAGUCUGACCAGUGAAAUCCUGUUCAAAUAAUCUGUGGGUAUCAUAUAUCAGUGAUGCUAUUACAGUGAAAUCAGGCUUAAAACCCAGCCAUACAAAGCUCAGGUCUCUCACUGACUAAAUGCAAGGUAAUUGCCUGUGUGUAAAAUUCAUCCCUUCCAAUGAAUGCUGUUGCCGUAAGUUUUCUCUAACCUGACGCACAACACACAAUGGAAAAUGAAUUGACAAACCAGGCAUCCUUUUCCCCUGUGCUUCAAACACAUGGGUAACUCCACAGAUGAAUCCUAUUAACCAUUGGCAUUCUGUGACUUUGCCUAAUUUGUGGAAGAAAACAUUGUUGCGUUAGUUUCAAUGAUAAUCGACAUAGACUCGGUAAGCCGAAGGGACCAUUUCCGUGCUGCGUCACUUUUUUAUUUAUUGCAAAAAACCUCUAAUUUACAUCACCUUUGGAGGUCAGAACCGACCCCUUCACCUCUGCCCAGAUUUCACGUGGUGAUAGAAAGAAGCAGAGUAAUGUUAACAAAGGAAGCUGCUUAUAGGGGCACUUUCUGAAGCAUUGGGCUUGGAUUUCUUCAGUCGUUUGAUAGUGGCUCUCUCCUGUCAUUUUAAUGUUCAAGAAGGAAGGCCAACCCUUCCAUUUCCACUCCACCCCCCCCCUCCUCUUCAUCUCCCCCUCCCCCCCCCCCCCCCCCCCCCCCCCCCCCCCCCCCCCCCCCCCCCCCCCCCCCACCCCUCCUCCUCCCUGAGCAAAUUUGAGCCAGGACGCAAGUUGCAGCUGCCUGAGAGAAUUGCACUGAGGAAGGUUUGGAAAGCUCUUAGUUCUUAAGGAGUUUGCUCCAGUGUUCUUCUGAAGUUACACAAGUCUCUGCAACUCAACACACCAGGACUGAACGAUAUAAUGCUAGAUUAUUAAUAUUACUUUUGCUUUUUGUCAUAGAUUGAAAAAUAUUUAUUUGGACUGCCCUUGUGUGCAAAUAGCCCAUAGGUUAUGUCCUAGUAGAGGAGUCAAAAAAACACUUUGUUCUUUGUUUUCUUUGUUAAUUUAUUUAUAUUAUUAAAAACAAAUUGGCUAAGCACUGGUUGUGCACGGUUUAAUUUUAAUUUAGAAAUUUCGAGUCCGUUCAUUACCAAGCUAGUCUGACUGAAUCAAACAGGCAGGAUGAAAAGACUCUAGAAUCUUGAGAGUUGUUGGGGGUUCCAGAAACUAGAUCCCAAAGAAGUUUGUAAAUCGACUAAUUUUUGUAACGCAAUGGCAGAAACAUUUUCUCAUGUGAAAGAGCAAGCAGACUUGUUUAAUUUAAAAAGAUCUAAAAUAUCUUGUUUAUUAUGUGAUAUAACUGGAUUUGAGUAGUUGUGUGUGGAUAUAGCUCCUUAGUCUCUCGUCCUUUAGAGAGAGUUACUGCCUUAUAGCUGAGAGCUUGCAUUUUACUUGCGGUGUAUACUCCGACUUCCAUGCACAUACAUUACCUUGCAUCUCCUGUAGUGUCAAGUUGGAAGUGACAUUUGACUAGUUAUUUAAUUAUGCCCACACACCAGUCUACUAACCAGAGGACCUUCGGUUAGCUUUAACUAUUUCUGCUUUGUUUGUGUCCUCUUGGAAUCUGUGCACACAUACAAGCCGAAAUAUUCUUGUGACAGAAUCAUCAUCCACCUCCUCCACUAUUUGUCAGCUGUCUUGAUUAGUUGCAGGGUUCUCUGUUUGAUUUCCUAAUUGAAAAGGAUUAGGCUGAUUUAUUCUUGUAAAUUCUAAACUGUAUAUUUUUCUUUGUCCGUGCAACUUGGGGACCUCUUUUUGAUGGACUGAGAAGAAACGAUGAAUACUUUUUCCAAGGAGCUGGGUUAGAAUAGGAUUUGGAGUAUUUGUUUCCUGUCAGUAACUUGGAUUCAGAAGUUGAACGCAAAAUGGUCACUUUUGCAUCAUGCCAAAAUAAGAACGACACAUUAACAAGGCAGAUGAGAAACUAGUGACUUGAACAAAAUGCAUUAACUGGACAUUGAGAAGUAUUUCACAUAGGAGUAACUUUUCAAUGAAAGUGCAAAAUGAAUUGGUUGAAGACUAAGUUGAAAGAGAUCUCAAUUUUAUUGAAGUUGCCCGAAGUUAAACAUGCAACCAGUGCAGAUAGACACCAACAAAGCUCAACUCCCUGACACCUAUUCCAAAUACUGGGCAGUACCGUGGUGCAGCUGGUAGACCCAUGGCACCUCCGUGUCAGAGACUGGAUUCCAUCCUGACCUCGGGUGCUGUCUGUGUGGAGUUUACACGUUCUCCCUGUGACCAUGUGGGUUUUGCUCGGGUGCUCUGGUUUCCUCCCACGUACUAAAAACUUGCAUGUCGGUAGUUAGUUCGCCACUGUAAAUUUCCCCCUGGGUGUGGGUUACUGGGUGAAUACUGGAAGCGGUUAAUGAGAAUGGAGAAUAAAAAUUGGAUUAAUGUAUAUGAGUGGUCAAUGGUCAGCACAGGCUUGGUGGGCAGAAUGGACUGAGAUUGUCCUUUUGGAAGGUUAUCCAUUCUGACAAAGGCUUUACUUGUUGCAUGUCAACUGUUUCCAAAGAGUUAAUUUUUCAUUCCUCUUAUCCUGUUAGUGUGAAAAAUCUUGUUGAUAUUUAGUUCUAAAUUUGUUCCAGUUAACGUACUGAGUAGGCCAAAAAUAUCACUGCUUGAGUAAUUUUAUUAACCACUCUAGUCUUGCGUAUACCUGAGUUGCCCUACCCUGAGGCUUUGCUGACAAAGACUUGCUUCAUCUUCACCUCUGGAGACUCGAGCCCCAGUAGAGAACAGGUGAAAUUUCACGUUGAAGGCUGGAUGUCACUGAACAUCUUGCAUUUCUCUAUGGAGCAUAAUUAUACUAAUUCCAAUCUUGCUGAGAGUUUGAGAAUAAAUCUACCAUAUACCACCACUACAAAUUCACAAUAAUACCCAAUAGAUUGUUACACGUAACAAAACUACUUUUUAAACCGGUUGUCAGAGUGAUUAUGUAUCUCCCGGAGCUACAUAAUGGGGUAGUCAAAGAAUAUUGUCAAAGUCCUGUAGUCCAACCUGGAGACAAGUUGUGGAGUUCCUGAUGUUCUGUCCCAUCACAAGAAAAUCUGAUCCAUUGGUGACUUGUGAGUUUACUCUUUGUGGGAUUGUGCUUGUGUCUCAAACUGUUUUGUUUUGCCUAUAUAAUAGUGAUUCCCUCAGUAAUUCAUGUAUUGCUUCUGGAAUAUCGAUGGGAUAUGUUGUGGUCUUAAAAGACAUUCCAUGUAAACAGGGCCAAAGAACAGUGUCAGAAAUGAUGUACUUCUCACAACAUUGCUUAACUGGGAGGAAAUUCCUUGCUGCAUAAAUUCUGGACCAUGACGCCUCUGUCCCCUUUUUCUAUGCCCCCACUCCAUUUCAAUUUUCAGUUGACGCUGGUAUGAGCAACCUACUCUUGCAUUUCAGUCUGACAAGGGAGCAAAACUACAUUGACACAGAAAGAGACACAAAGAUGCUGGAGUAACUAAGCGGGUCAGGUAGCAUAUCUGGAGAACAUGAAUAGGCGACGCUUUGGGUCGGGACCUUUCUUUAGACUGAUUGUAGUCUGAAGAACGAUCCCAGCCUGAAACGUCACCUUUCCAUGUCCUCCAGAGAUGUUGCCUGACCAGCUGAGUUACUCCAGCACCUUUGCGUCAUUUACUGUAAACUUCUGCAGUCACUUAUGUCUCUAUAUUGACACAACAUAAGAAGUAGGUAGCAACCGAGACCAUGUAGAUAAUGAACGGAGGACCACUAUUCUCUCUUUCCCCCCCCCCCCACCAUUCCACCCGCCUUACCUUCCCAAUGCUGCGCCCGAGUUGGUAAAAAACACGGACUGGUGUUUAAGUCUGGGAUUUCCUUGGAGUGGCUGGAUGCUGUGUGGACGGUGGUGCAUAUAUCUAUUGAUUUAUUGGGACCCUUAACCAUGAUGAUGCAGAGGAAACAUUAGGGUGAGACCAUCGACGGCCAGAAUUGUGUGAUUACUGUGCCCAGUCAAUGAGUUUGUAGUUCAUUAAUUUUAAAGAUUGUUCUGCUAUAAACACGAUAAAGCUAUUGACCAACUUCUAACAUUCAUCUCUAACAGUUCUGUUGGAAUACAUGCUUGCUGUGUGUCCACUGUUGCUCUCUGAUGUAGAAAUGCCAGUCUUAGAUGGCUUGUGUAUUGUUCUGUACUGUAAACACUGUGUUGUAAGAAAAACCUGAGAACGUUCUCCUAUCCCGAUCUAAAUUAUCAAAUAUUAAAAGUAUUUAAAACUAA